GCUGUACGCUGGUGUUUGAGCUUUGCAGCUGCGAUUUUUCGAUGAGGUUGGAGCGCCGCGACCACAAUCACCUCGCCGAAGCAGUCACGCAGUGUGAGGUUGCUCGUGUAUCGUAGACAAGCCAAGAAACUUCGGACACCUCACACAAAAAAAUAAUCAGCUAGCGUUCAGUAACACACGAGCCAGCAAAGCGUGCAAGCCAGUUUACGGCCUCACCGGCCUUGUGCCUACGAUCUGGCCCUGUCACAGCAUCAGUAGUAUAGUUGUGACGCAGCCCUAGCGACGACACGUGCCGUUUUUUGACGACUGAGUACAAACUUGGCUCCAACUGAUGAAUCGGCACCGCGGACGCGGCCGCCGACGGCGCGCGCUCGCGGGCGCACUCCUCACCGUGCUAACGACAAGCGCCUUCCCACUGCCUUUUAUGAGGAAACGCGUCAACCGCACGGUGCUCUGCCACCAAUGCCGACACGCCGGUGGCCAAGGUGUCGACGCGAUGAAUUCACUAGAUGCGACGGCCAUGGCCGCGCUAGCUUCUUUAGUGUAUGUCAGUGGCUGGAAGAAUCGCACGCUACCCAUAGAAAUACGGGCCUACUCAUCCAAGUCCAAGCACGCGUGGCGGUCCGGCUGGGCGGCGGAACGAGCGCGGUGGGCGAAGUGCGCGGCGCGAGCGGCUCGAGCCGCGCCUCGAGUCCCUGGGGUCCAAUCCGCUUUCCUGCCGCCCCACGGCACGAUCCAAAAACUUGGUGCGGAUUGCGCGCCGCCGUUCCACCGACGGUGGCAACCCACAUAUUAUUUCACGGACUGGUCCGAGCCGGGCCCCGGUGGGAUUAGGUGGCACUCGACGACGGCUCUCGUCGCGAGAGGCGACGCCGGCGCGGUAGCCGUGGCGUUCAUGGGCAGCGCCGACAUGCGGCAUGCGAUCACGAACGUGCAAAUCAUGGAGACGCAUGAAAAAAGGGGUGGCGGCAAGACCGCGAGAGGCAUGCGCGGGGCCUUUGAGCGCGUGCGAGGUGGUAGCAUUACGCGGUUGGACGAGGGUCGAAGGCGGGACGAUCCCGUGUUUCGGGCGAUAGAAGAUGCUUGUAGAGGUAGAUGGCUUCAUACGAAUGGGCCGGACGUAUGUCGGCCGGACAAGGAGCAGUUGUUGGCUGGUUUGUUGGAUGAUUUGGCCUCCGCUACGUUAGGUACUAAUGCCCCAAUUUGGGUCACGGGUCAUUCGUUGGGUGGGGCUCUGGCGUUGCAAUUAGCCUUGUUCGCGGCGAAACGCCGCCCGAGAAAGGCUCAUGAAGUAAGAGUGACGACCUUCGGCGAACCGCCGAUCGGGGACCGGCGUUUUUUCGAUGCCCAGCGGAGAAGGCAUCCACGAUUAGCUCGACGGUAUGAUAGGAGGGUCGCCGUCGCGGCCCCUCCCGGUUGUAGGCCGGACAUCGUGCCCGCGACCACGCGACUGGUCGGAGGCGGUUCUUCCGCACAUUUUGCCGAGCCGCGCCACGUCUGCGCCGCGGACCCGCCCGGGAAUGUGGUGGCCGCACAUGCCAUGGUCGGGUAUUGGAGGGCACUCAUGGACGGUCUCCGGCGAGACUUCGCGCUGGAGACGUUGUACGAAGGGCCCGGUUUUUGGGGCUCCGAGACCUUCGACGAUCCCCUGCUCGUGGAGGCGCGACGCAAGGUCCAGAAGCAACUCCAGCGCGAAGAGGAAAGAUUGAGGAAGCGGGACAAGGCGCCGUUUCCUCUGAGACGGCCGCGCCUCGUCGAGGGCGACGAGAGUUGUGUCGAGGAGGGGCUCCUAAGUAGCUAGUGACACAUCACAUUCUUAGCAUGG